AUGAAAACAUGUGUCCAUUACACCACGCCCAAAACACACGUCUAUUACACCACGCCCAAAACACGCGUCUAUUACACCACGCCCAAAACACACGUCUACUACACCACGCCCAAAACACACGUCUACUACACCACGCCCAAAACACGCGUCUACUACACCACACCCAAAACACACAUCUACUACACCACGCCCAAAACACGCGUCUAUUACACCACGCCCAAAACACACGUCUACUACACCACGCCCAAAACACGCGUCUACUACACCACACCCAAAACACACAUCUACUACACCACGCCCAAAACACACGUCUAUUACACCACGCCCAAAACACACGUCUACUACACCACGCCCAAAACACACGUCUACUACACCACGCCCAAAACACGCGUCUAUUACACCACGCCCAAAACACGCGUCUAUUACACCACGCCCAAAACACGCGUCUACUACACCACGCCCAAAACACACGUCUACUACACCACACCCAAAACACACGUCUAUUACACCACGCCCAAAACACACGUCUACUACACCACGCCCAAAACACGCGUCUACUACACCACGUGCAAAACACACGUCUAUUAUACCACACCCAAAAUACACGUCUAUUACACCACGCCCAAAACACACGUCUAUUACACCACGCCCAAAACACACGUCUACUACAUCAUGCCCAAAACACACGUCUAUUCCACACGCCCAAAACACACGUCUACUACACCACGCCCAAAACACGCGUCUAUUACACCACACCCAAAAUACACGUCUACUACACCACGCCCAAAACACACGUCUAUUACACCACGCCCAAAACACGCGUCUAUUACACCACACCCAAAAUACACGUCUAUUACACCACGCCCAAAACACACGUCUAUUACACCAUGCCCAAAACACACGUCUAUUACACCAUGCCCAAAACACAUGUCUAUUACACCACACCCAAAAUACACGUCUACUACACCACGCCCAAAACACGCGUCUACUACACCACACCCAAAACACACAUCUACUACACCACGCCCAAAAAUACUAAUCUAUUACACCACGCCCAAAACACACGUCUAUUACACCACACCCAAAACAUACAUCUAUUACACCAUGCCCAAAACACACAUCUAUUACACCACGCCCAAAACACGCGUCUACUACACCAUGCCCAAAACACACGUCUAUUACACCACGCCCAAAACACGCGUCUAUUACACCACACCCAAAACACACGUCUAUUACACCAUGCCCAAAACACACAUCUAUUACACCAUGCCCAAAACACAUGUCUAUUACACCACGCCCAAAACACACGUCUAUUACACCACGCCCAAAACACACGUCAAUUACACCACAUCCAAAAUACACGUCUACUACACCACGCCCAAAACACGCGUCUACUACACCACACCCAAAAUACACGUCUACUACACCACUCCCAAAACACACGUCUACUACACCAUGCCCAAAACACGCAUCUAUUACACCACGCCCAAAACACACGUCUAUUACACCAUGCCCAAAACACACGUCCCAAUACACACGUCUAUUACACCAUGCCCAAAACACACGUCUAUUACACCACGCCCAAAACACGUACCUAUUACAAACACAUUUCUAUAA